GUCUUCUAUGAUUUGGCAUCCUUUGAGCUCUCGGCCGCGGGAUGUCGGAAUGCCGCCGACCAGGAGUUCAUCUACGCCGCCAUCCAGAGCUGGUAUGGAAGCCUAGAUGCCUUCACGGCCUAUGUUCGUGGCCCCCUCCGUGACGAACUGCUGGCAGAUCACUUGGGCACCAGCCUUCCGUGGAACUACACCUUGCUGAUCGCGACCCCAUUGAUUACGCUAGGAAUGGACGCUCUGGCAGCCCAAGUCAGAGCAGGGGCUUCCUUUCACCAUUUGGUGUCCUAUGGCUCUGGCGUGACUUUGGGCCUCUUUGGCUUCUGGUGGAUCGCAGUGGUGCAGCUCCCCGGCUACAACCCUAAACCCUAA